AUGGUGGAUCAAAUCUUUUAUUACAACGACCCAGAAGCCGAGCCACCCCUGGAAGUAAAACAUGUGGUGAUUGAUGCGUCUCAGUUGGAAGCGCUCCCAGAAGAAGGAUUGUCCCAUCGCCCCGAAUUGACCAAGAUUGAGUUUCAGAACAGCGUUGACGAAUCAUCAAUGAUAGUGGAGAUUGGAGACCGCGCGUUCAAUUUCUGUGCCAGUCUCCAUAGUAUUUUCCAAAUGCCCUCCACCUUGCAACGAAUUGGACAGGCCGCCUUUCAUCUUUGCAGUACUCUUGGAUUUUUGCACUUGCCGGAUGGAAUUCAGGUGAUUGGAGAAGGAGCCUUUGAAUCCUGUGUUUCACUACUAACGAUUCGAAUACCCUCCAGUGUGUUACGGCUGGAAAGAGCAACCUUUCGAGAUUGCCGUCAAUUGCGAUCGAUUGAAUUGCCGCCAACACUGGAAUCGAUCGGUGGGGUUGCUUUUGUCGGUUGUUUGGAAUUGGUCAAUAUUUACAUCCCAGACUCAGUAAUUAUGGAAAGGAACUCGUUCUUUUUUUCAGGUUGCACCAAACUGGAUUUUUUGGCGCAAAGAUCAGAAGACGAUACUACGACUAGUAUGGACGAAGCCAUUGUUUUGGGUCUCCGGAACCGAUUCACGGAUUUGCCCAUUCAUGAAAUAUGCUACUACCAAUCCUACCAUUCGCUAGAGGAAAAUUUAGACCGUCUCAAACAGAUGGUCUCCUUGCAAUUCUACGACUUUGAACAGCAUGUGGAUGAUUUGGGAAUGAGCCCGUUUCACGUUCUUUCCUUAUCCGCAGACCCAAAACCAAAGCUUGCCGAGGCCUUGACGAACAAGAUUGUCAAGGAGAACUUGGCGGUAGAUCGAUUGAGGAGAGGAUGUCUGGAUAUACUCAAGUGUCGAUUAUGCUUGUUGUCGCCGUGUUCCUCAUCUAGUAGUAGGAUGGAUUCAUACUAUGAUCAACAGCAAGAACAACAAUUUGCACCAAGACUCUUGUCCGAUGCCCAUGGUCACGGGGCGCUCUUCUUUGCCUGUCUCAACAUUGCCCCUGGAUCCACGGAAAUGAUCAAGUACAUGUUUCGAUUGAAUUCCUCGAAAGAGUUGGCGCAGUUUGGCUUGCCACGAUGGAGGGAUGAAAUCUUUUCUUUGAUUGAUCGCGAACUGGAUGGAAAUGAUGGGACAAGAACUACUACCAUGAAUGAGGAAGAAGAUGACAGCAGCAGUGCUAACUUGGAUUACCAGAAUCGACUCCAGAAAAUUGUCCUCAUGGGCCGUCAUGUUGCUCGAUAUCGACUCAAGGAAAAACUGUCGAUUCUCGAGCUUGCGGUUUGGAAGGCGGCGCAACGAUUGGAGGAACCAGGUGGUGGUGGUGGAUCUUCAAAGUCCUCAGCUUGCCAAGAACAUCGUCAGACGUGCCGUACAUUGUGUGGAGCGGAUGUCAUCACUUCCAAUGUUCUGCCGUUCUUGUCUGCAGCAGCAAGGGAUGCUGAUUGA